GUGGGGGCUGAUGGCAUCGUGGCUGGAAGAAGGGUGCGUGAAAGGCAGGAUGCGGUUUCCAUGACAACCUGGCCGGGCAGAAAGGGGGGCUGGGGACUGCAGAGGAAAUUUUCCACAUCAGCAGAAAGGGAGGAGGUAGAAUGCAGGAAGGAAGGGGCUGGGCAAGGUGAGGGCCCUCCGGGGCCCCGGAACCCCAAGUCCUCGCGCCCACUGCCCCGGGAUUCUCACCCACCCCCACCUGGCGAACCUGCACCCUCUCCGCCACCGCCGGGUCACUGUGGGGAGAGGGGAAGGUUCUGGAGAGGAUCAAGGGUCCAAUGUUCAAAGAUCAGCCACUGCCCAGGCCUGGAGGGGACGGGGGCGGUGAGCAGCUGCCAGAGCUCAGAUUCAGGGUCAUGGCUUCUGACAGGGUGCCGAGGAGAGUCGGGGUGGUGGGCUACGGCCGCCUUGGGACCAGAACUGGGCCUCGAACUUGUUUUUGUCUGGAAUCGCGACCCGGGACGAAUGGCAGGGAGCGUGCCUCCUUCCCUGCAGCUCCAAAACCUCGCUGCCCUCGGGGAGAGGCACCCCGACCUUGUAGUGGAAGUGGCCCAUCCCCAAAUAAUCCAGGAAUCUGGGGCACAAAUCCUGCAUCACGCCAAUCUCCUGGUGGGCUCCCCCUCAGCCCUGGCUGAUCAGGCCACAGAGCAGCGGCUCCUGGAGGCCUCGCACCGCUGGGACCAUGCUGUGUUUGUGGCCCGGGGGGCCCUGUGGGGCACUGAGGACAUCACCAGAUUGGACGCAGCUGGGGGCCUCCAGAGUCUUCGUGUCACCAUGGCCACGCACCCCGAUGGUUUCCGGCUUGAGGGACCGCUGGCUGCAGUGCGCAGCACUGAGCAUCGCACGGUGCUCUAUGAAGGUCCCGUCCGCGGGCUCUGCCCCUUCGCUCCCCGCAACUCCAAUACCAUGGCGGCCGCUGCCCUGGCUGCCCCCAGCCUGGGCUUUGACCGCGUGGUUGGAGUGCUUGUGGCUGACCUCGGCCUCGCAGACAUGCACGUGGUGGACGUGGAGCUGACUGGCCCCCCGGGCCCCACAGGACGAAGCUUCGCCGUGCACACCCACAGGGAGAACCCCGCAGAGCCAGGCGCGGUCACGGGCUCUGCCACCGUUACCGCGUUCUGGCGCAGCCUCCUGGGCUGCUGCCAGCUCCCCUCCAGGCCGGGGAUCCAUCUCUGCUGAGACGCCGCCUCCUUCCCUAGUGGACAUCUUCGUCUCAUUUACGGCCCCCCACUACCAGCCCGCUGCUGCCCUGGCCUCGGUUACCCCGGCCCUUCCUCCUGGCUCAGUAAAUAUUGGAGACUCUUCUCCCUACAAGC